AUGGCCGCCUCAGCAUUUGACCUCACUCGCAACUUCUCCCUCUACACCAUCCCGGCCGCUUGGGUGUUGAGCAUUGCACCACACUUCUACGCCGCCUCUCUCGGAAAACUUGACAACAGAAACCCGCGUACCUAUACGCGGGAGGUCGAGGGCGACCAGACCAUCGACAAAGCUACCAAGCAAACGAUCAUCCGCGCCGAGGGAGCUCAGCAGAAUGGUUUCGAAAAUCUCGGCCUAUUCGCCGCGGCGGUUGUGAUUGGCAACGUUGCGAAGCUCGACAACUGGACGCUGAACGCUCUCAGCGGAGGCUAUCUUGCCAGCCGUGUGGUGUACAACGCUCUCUACAUCACGGGCACUACCGAAGGCGUUGCCAAUGCCAGAUCCGUGGCGUUCUUGAGCGGUAUCGGAAUCAUAUUUUCCUUCUUCAUCAAGAGUGGCAACGCACUCCGCAACAGCCUGUAG